AUGACGGCCCCGGCUGCGGCCGAGAUUUCCGAGGCCGCCGUUGGCGCGGCCUCCGUUGAAGCGCUCAAAAGACUAUCGCUCGCUCAAAAGGAAGCAAGGAAGGAGGCGAAGAUCAAGCAUCAGCAGGAAAAGCACGCGGCCGAGAUGGACGCCCCUCCUGGACCGCUCAUCACGCCGGCCGGCGACCUCUGGCCCCGACCAUAUUACUUCGAGGAUGACCUGCGUCGCGUGCAGCCAUACCACUUUACAUACAAUACCUGGUGCAAGGAGAGGUGGCGCGGACGCACGCUGAUUGAUAUUUUUGCCUGCGAAUUUCGCGACCGGCCGCUGGAGUACUACCGCGCCGCGAUGGAGCUGGGCGACAUCUUUGUCAACCAGCGCAGAGUCGGCCCCGAAUACAUUGUGCGCAAUGGGGACAAGAUCUCGCACACGCUGCACCGCCACGAACCGCCCGUCACGGCAGAGCCCGUGGGCAUCAUCCACGAAGACGAAGACAUGAUUGUCAUCAACAAGCCGUCGGGUGUGCCUGUUCAUCCGGCGGGCCGCUACAACUUUAACUCGGUCAUUGAGAUUAUGAAGUCGGAUCGCGGCAAGGACUUUAUGCCGUACCCGUGUAAUCGGCUGGACCGGCUGACGAGCGGCAUCAUGUUUAUCGGAAAGAGCCCCAAGGCCGCCGAGGAACUAGGGGAUAAAAUCAGAGAGCGCACGGUGCGGAAAGAAUAUCUGGCGCGAGUGAUGGGCGAGUUUCCCGACGGCGAAGUCGUCUGCGAUAUGCCUAUUCUACAGAUUUCCCCUAAACUAGGCCUGAACCGUGUCAGAGCAAACGGCAAGUCGGCCAGGACAGUGUUUAAGAGGCUGGCGUACUACCCUCCACGUACGGCAGUAACACAAUCCCCGGACGAUACGAUUAUGCGGAAACGUACAGGCUACUCCAUUGUGCGCUGUCUGCCGGUAACAGGCCGAACGCAUCAGAUCCGUGUGCACCUGCAGCAUCUCGGAUACCCCAUCCAAAACGACCCCAUUUACGCAAACCAGCGUGUAUGGGGAAUCAAUCUGGGCCACGACGACCCUGACGCUACGCGAAACACGGAUGAGGACAUCAUCAGCCGGCUGUCGCGCAUGGGCAAGGAGGAGGUCGCGCAGGCCGUGGUGUACUAUGACGAGAUGGUGGACGAGUACGAGAAGAAACGGGCCGAGAAGAUGACGGGGCAGCUCUGCGACGUGUGCGCGACGCCAUUGUACUCGGAUCCUGGAAGCCAUGAGCUGUCCCUGUGGCUGCACAGCCUGCGAUACGAAGACGCUGACGGCGCGUGGUCGUACAAGAGUCCGCUGCCGAAAUGGGCCAUGCCACCUGCAGGCAUGAGUGGACCAACGACAGUGGGUGGACUGGAGGAACUGCUGCACGCUGUGCCCAAGACAGAGCCGCAGGAGGGAGCGGCUGCUACCCCGGAGAAAAACGAUGAGCAGUAA